UUGUAUUUGUUUCUCUAUAGGUACACAGAUAUGUUACGUUACUCUUGCGUAACUCAUGCAUCAUCAAUCACAAGAAAUUUACUAUUUAAAACAUAUUUUUCCAAGUUGUCAUCCUUAAAAUUGAAGGAAGAAAAUAAUUCACCCGAUGUGAACCCACCUUUGAAACGGUACAGGAAUUCUACUUCUGUUAUACGCGCAUUAAUUUCAUGUGUGCAACCUGUUCCAGAAGCUCCAAAUUUUCAUUUAGGUCCAGAUUUUAGUUGUUUGUCGACCUCAAAAACACGUCUUUGUAUGUUAUCAAAAGCUAAAGGUCGUUUAGCUGCAAGAGUAUCUGCCAGAGAUUUUUUUCCGAAUGAUAUUACAGCUUUAAGUACAGAAGCUCCACAUAUUAAGCGAUGGAUACCUAUACAAACUCCAGAUAAUAUUUUAAAACGUGCUGUUGAAGGAUCAUUAAGCAAUGAUGAAGCUAUGGAUCGGUUGAUUUUACUUCUUGCUCCUAAACAUUCGUGGAAAUUAUAUAAUGAGAUAGCUCCUGAUUACAAAUGGACAUCGAAUACUUUGCAUCGCUUGCUUGACCUUUUAUGUGUUACAAAUGGUGGUCGAGGUGGAUCUCAUUCCCAUGUAUUAUUAAAUAAUUAUAAUUGGAGUAAUCUUCCGGAUCCAGAUGAAAUCUAUAUGACUCAUCGUUUUGAUUUUACUCCUAGAUAUAAUCAUGACAAACAAAUAAUAACCAAUCAAAACGAGUCGGAAAAUAUAACAGAUGAUGAAAUCAACUAUGAGUUUACAGGGGACUCCAUAUCAUUAGUAGGAGAGUCUAAUAAUUGGAAUUUAGAUUCACCUGCAGAAAAAUUGUUUCAUAAAGAAUUUAACAUUCUCAACACUCCAGCAGGUUAUCGAAGUAUGAUUCGUGGUGCAGCUAGAUUCGGUAAUGCUGAUCGUGCUUUCGAAUUGACUAAACUUGUAUGGGAAUCAAAAAAUGACGAUAAAUAUCUUGAUCUAGCCGCAUAUAAUCAAUUAAUUCGUUCUCUACAUCAAUUAACCGUUGUAAUGAGAGGUGAAGAAAAUCUGUGGAAUGUAAUUUUGGAUAUUUUAGAACAUGUGAAAACAUGUGGAGAUCCAAUAAAUAUUUCAAUUUUUACCAAUAUUCUUUAUACACUAGCAUAUGCAAGUGCUAAAAUGAAAUAUUCGACGUCGCCAACAUUACAUUUAUCUGAUGGAAAUUAUGUCUCAAUAGGUUUAGGCUUAUUAAAUGAAUUAAGACGAUUAAAUUUUAAACCUGAACUUGGUACAUUAGCUAAUUUGUUGUUAUUAAUUCAUGAAACACCAGCACCUGUAAAUCGAUCUUCCACAUCGACAAUAAAUAAACAGAAUAAUAAUAAUAAUUUCAUAAAUUAUCAUACUGAUCAUUCAUCCUAUACUUGUUCUAAUCUAUUGAAUGAAUUAUUAAAUGAAGUAGAAAUCUAUUUUAAUAAUAAUAAUUCUGGUAUAGGCGGUUCACCUCAACGUUUUGAUGCAUGGACAAUGGAUGAUUAUACGUUUUUUCCAAUAGCAAUCAAAUGUGCAAUGAAUGAAUUAAAUGUAGAAUUAGGUCAAAAAAUCCAUAAUUUAUUAAUUCAUCAUGAAGAUAGAACAUUUUUAUUGCCUAAUAGUCGAAUGAAACGAACUUAUAUGUAUAAUUAUUGUAGAUUAAUGAUUCAAUUUCAUGAAUGUGAUAUAAGUGAAUUUGAUCAAUUAAUCCAACGUUAUAAUACAACUUAUUGUCAGUAUUUUGAUGUGAUAUUAUCAUCAAACAGUUUACUGAUAGUUUUAACAAAAAAUUAUAACAGAAUAUUGAGAUUAUGCGAUAGUUAUACUUUACCGAAACUAAAGAUCCCUUUAAACAAAAAGACAUAUCAACAAACUAUCCAUUCAAUAAAAUUAACCGUAUAUAGUCACCUAUGCAGAAUAUUAAAUGAUUUGUUAAACAUUGAAUUCUCUCACUAUUUAUAUGUUUCUCCAAGCACCAUUGAACGGAUAACGCUUAUAGUGUGCAAAUGGGCUACUAUUAAUCCAAAGAAUGCAUUAGAUAUGUCUAUGAAUAUAAUAAAUACUUUAAAAAGGUUAGAUAAUUUAAUAAAACCAAUGAAUGAUGUUUCUACAACUACUAGAUCUCAUGAUGUGAGUGGAAUAAAAAUUGAUCAAUCAAUUAUGAAACAGUAUGACCAACUUGUUAAAUUUAUGAUCAUUGAAAGUACAAAAUUAUGUUUUCCAAUUUUUGAUGAAUUAUCUACUGAAUAUAAUAAUGAUAAUAAAAUUAAUCGUGAAGAAUACUUAACAUGGAAAACAAAAUUAAUUAACACAUUAUAUGAUUGGUUUAGUUAUGCUGAAAAUCAUAAAAUGAUUACAUGGGAAUGGGCGUUAAAAGGAUUAUAUAUUUUAUGGAAAGAAGAUGAUUUUAUACAACUGGAUUUUAUGUGGAAUGUUAUGCAAUGUUUGGCGAAACAAGAUGUGGAAUUCGAAGUUUGCGUUAGAGAACAAAGAGAUUUACUAGAACCGAUUUUAAACAUUCUAGAACUAUCCAUUCCAAAAAUCCCACAACAAGAUAUCAGAUCAAUCGAAAAACUAGAAUGUUUACAGUUCCUGAGGAAGGCUCUUAGCGCCACGGAGUCUACAAAUAUACUACCCUUGUAUUCUAGUACGUCUAACCCCGUUGAAAUUUGCGCCCAUAAUUCUCAGUAAAUGAAUAAAUUUACAUACCUCUUAAUUGUUCUAAACGACUUUUUGAAAUAAUGAAACGAUGUAAAAUUGUAUUAUGAGCAUAUUUUGAAAAAUUGUAAAUACAUACUCGUUUGUUUUUUAAUACAAAUGGUUGAUCACCUGCUUUA